UUGGAGGGUAAAAUUGGAGAAUGGACGCUAUUGGAAGUGGGUGUUGGGGGCUGUGGAAGUGGAAUCCGCUACCGCAGUCUCGACGGCGUCGUGUACGUCGCAAUUCCGGUUCGGCGGGUGCAACCGGCGGAGGUGGUUACCGGUUUCCGGUUAAGCAAGCGCUGACCGCGGCCUCCCUCGCCCUCACCGGCGACACAAUCGCUCAGCUUAGCAACCGUUGGAAGAAAGCUAAGGAGGGUGGUGACAAUAUAUCUCAGGAUGAACUAUGGAGCCACCUUUCAGACCAUGAUUGGCUACGAGCCCUUCGAAUGACUUCCUAUGGACUCCUUUUGUAUGGUCCUGGUUCUUAUGCCUGGUACCAGUGUCUUGACCACUUUCUCCCCAAACCAACGGUACAGAACCUAAUGUUAAAGGUUUUACUAAACCAGAUUGUGUUAGGUCCAUGUGUCAUUGCUGUUGUUUUUGCAUGGAACAAUUUAUGGCAACGGAGGCUCUCUGAGCUUCCAGAAAAAUACAGAAGAGAUGCUCUUCCAACGUUACUUUAUGGUUUUAGAUUUUGGAUCCCUGUCAGUGUAUUAAAUUUCUGGGUGGUGCCUCUUCAAACUCGAGUGGCUUUCAUGUCAAUGGGUUCAAUCUUCUGGAAUUUCUACUUGUCAUCAACAAUGACCAAGUAAAAUGCAUUGUUUACCAGCAAGUUGCUUUGUUUGCAAUUUUUACAUUGUGAGUUUAAUCAGAAUCUGAUAGUGUUGGGUGAGGAAAAUUGUGGAGGAUGAGUUAUGACUUGGAAGUUGGAUGUUACCAUUGCUCCCAUAUGCAUGAAAAAAAUAGUUACAUUUUUUCUUUUUUGUUGACAAUUGUAAACUUUAACUUUCACAUGAAAAGUUAUACGGUAGGGUGUUAGCUUUCAAGAAGGAAUGCUACUAAUUUUGGAUAAUUUGUGUUCGUUAUUAUGGAUGACUGUUGAAUCUGAUUAUCAUAAAAGGUGAGAACAAUUUUCGCUCA